AUGACCGACUUGAAGGGUCUGACUCACAGCAUGGUCAUCGACUGGUGCACUCAAAACUGGCCCACCUACCCCCUAGACAACCAAAACAGAUGGCCCACUUAUGGGUCCUUUGAUCCCAACCUUCUCCGGGAUCUCUACAACUAUUGUCAGCGAACAGGAAAAUGGGCGGAGAUCCCCUACGUUCAUGGCUUCUUUCUUCUACGGGACAAACCCAACCUCUGCGUCCCUUGUGGAGUUUGCAGGACCUCCAAAAGCGAUCAGAGUCUACCUCCCUACCCCAGCAUCCCCCCGACUCCUUCUCCAACUAAUAAAGACCGCCCUUCAACCCAAAUGGUCCAAAAGGAGAUAGACAAAGGGGUAAACAAUGAACCAAAGAGUGCCAAUAUUCCCCGAUUAUGCCCCCUCCAAGCAGUGGGAGGAGGAGAAUUCGGCCCAACCAGAGUGCAUGCACCUUUUUCUCUCUCAGACUUAAAGCAAAUUAAAAUAGACCUAGGUAAAUUCUCAGAUAACCUUGAUGGCUAUGUUAAUGUUUUACAAGGGUUAGGACAAUCCUUUGAUCUGACAUGGAGAGAUAUAAUGUUACUGCUAAAUCAGACACUAACCCUGAAUGAGAGACGUGCCGCCAUAACUGCGGCCUGAGAGUUUGGCAAUCUCUGGUAUCUCAGUCAGGUCAAUGAUAGGAUGACAACAGAGAAAGGAGAAUGAUUCCCCACAGGCCAGCAGGCAGUUCCCAGUGUAGACCCUCAUUGGGACACAGAAUCAGAACAUGGAGAUUGGUGCCACAGACAUUUGCUAACUUGUGUGCUAGAAGGACUAAGGAAAACUAGAAAGAAGCCUAUGAAUUAUUCAAUGAUGUCCACUAUAACACAGGGAAAGGAAGAAAAUCCUACUGCCUUUCUGGGGAGACUAAGGGAGGCAUUGAGGAAGCAUACCUCCCUGUCACCUGACUCUAUUGAAGGCCAACUAAUUUUAAAAGAUAAGUUUGUCACUCAGUCAGCUGCAGACAUUAGAAAAAAACUUCAAAAGUCUGUCUUAGGCCCAGAACAAAACUUAGAAACCCUAUUGAACUUGGCAACCUUGGUUUUUCAUAAUAGAGAUCAGGAGGAGCAGGGAGAAUGGGACAAAUGGGAUUUAAAAAAAAGGGUCACUGCUCUAGUCAUGGCCCUCAGGCAGUACCCCCUUAGACUGGAGGCCCAACAAGGACUGCAAAAGAUUGUUAAGGACCUAAAAGCUGAAGGCCUAGUAAAACCAUGCAAUAGCCCCUGCAAUACUCCAAUUUUAGGAGUACAGAAACCCAAAGGACAGUGGAGCUGUAAAGCUACAAAUGUUCUUCAAAUGGAGCCCCAGAUGCAGUCCAUGACUAAAAUCUACUGUGGACCCCUGGAGCAGCCUGCUAGCCCAUGCUCCAAUGUUAAUGACAUCGAAGAAAAUUUAAUGUUGUCAGAAGACCAGGAAGCUCAAGAGGAUGAAUUGUUGGCCCUGGAGAGUAUUUAUAAUGGAGACGAAUUUAGAAAAGCAGAGUCUGCCCGAGGUGGAGAAACCAGGAUCUAUUUGGAUUUGCCACAGAACUUCAAGAUAUUUGUGAGCAGUUAG